UCUCGAACCUCAUGCAAUGGCGCUUUGUGCACAGUGAUUUUACUUGCAAACAGCGCGGAUAUCGGCAGACCAAGACCCGUCCUGAUGCUUAAAUGCAUUGAAAUCAACGAGUAAUGCGACUGCGAGAGUCUACACUGAUUUAGGAUGUUAAUUACGCUUCAGCUGGCCAUCUUAAGCUGUUUGCUAGCGUUUACCCAAGGAAAUAUAUCUCUGUUGUUCCUAACGAGCAAAGAUAUCCGGACUAUACAUAAUGUCGGCAACAAACCUAUGAAACAGAACGUCAUUAUUAAGAGUUUGUUGGAUGGCUGCUCGAUGGAGUAUUACCACGCUGACAACAUGGUGUGUUGGGGAGACCGCAUCAAAAUGGCCAUAUCCUGCCAAUCUUUGAAUAUCUCGCAAAGCAAGAACGUUUUGGUGUCCUCGGGUUUGCUCUCGCCUGACGGACUGGCCUGCGACUGGGUUACACGGAAACUGUACUGGACUGACGGGGAGACAAACCGAAUAGAAGUGAUAGAGCUCAAUGGACUUAACCGCAAAGUGCUCUUUUGGGAGAACAUUGACCAGCCUCGAGCCAUUGCAUUGGCGCCUAAACGAGGGUUGAUGUUUUGGACUGACUGGGGAGAUGUGUCGAUAAUUGAGAGGGCUGGCAUGAACGGAGACCACUCAAGCAGAACUGUCAUCGUUAGCCAUGAUAUCUUCUGGCCGAAUGGCCUCACUAUUGACUACGACUCGGAAACAAUUUACUGGACUGAUGGCAAACUCAAUUUUGUGGCAGCUAUGGAUUACAAUGGCCGAAAUAGAAGGACGGUUAUUGAAAAGAUUAUCCAGUAUCCGCAGUCAAUCACGUUUUUCAAGAACAAAUUGUAUUGGAGUGAAUGGGAUCAACACACAAUUCAAGUGUUUGACAUGGCCUCGGACAAAGAACCGAAAACUCUGGUCAAUGGAACUGCGUCAGUUUUGGCUCCAAUGAGUGUGAUAAUUAUGGACGGUAACAGACAGCCAAAUGUUGAAAACCCUUGUUCGGUUAGAAAUGGAGGGUGCUCACACUUGUGCCUCUUGUCCCCCUACCCUCCAGGAUUCUCGUGCGCGUGUCCCACUGGGAUCAAGAAAAUCAACGAUACCACCUGUGCUGAUGGAAUACAAGAUCUAUUACUACUUGUACAAAGAACCGAAAUCACAAACAUUUCAUUGGACACAAACGAGUUCUAUCAGACUGAGAUUCCUUUGAAGGGUAUUAAAUAUGCUUUUGCCAUUGAUUAUGACCCUGUCGAAAAGCAGAUUUACUGGACAGAUGAUGAGACACGAGUAAUAUCCAGGGCAAACCUUGAUGGUUCAGAUCAAAAGGAAAUCAUUUCUACAGAAAUAUCGCAUCCAGAUGGGGUCGCUGUUGAUUGGGUUGCUAGAAAUUUGUACUGGACUGACACCGGUACAGACAGAAUUGAAGUUGCUCGACUAAGUGGUGCCUGCAGAAAGAUUCUGAUCAAUGAGGACUUAGCCCAGCCCAGAGCAAUUGCUGUGGCGCCAUCAUUUGGGUUCAUGUUCUGGUCAGACUGGGAUGAUAAACACCCUAAAAUUGAAAGAGCUGCUCUAGACGGAAGUCAGCGUGUCAUAUUGGUUGACACCAAUCUUGGUUGGCCAAAUGGAAUAGCACUGGAUCUUGAGUCGAAAACGGUUUACUGGUGCGAUGCAAAUAAAGACAGUAUAGAGAUGAUCAACUUUGAUGGGUCGAGUCGGCAAAAACUGAUGACGGAUGAACUGCCGCAUUUAUUUGGUCUGUCUCUCUUAGGAGAUUAUCUUUACUGGACAGACUGGCAAAGAAGAGUGGUGGAGAAAGCCCACAAGAUCACCGGCCAUGGCAGAACAAUCAUAGCUGACAACUUGCCCAAUUUGAUGGGUGUUAAAGCUGUGAAUAUAAAUGGCCUUUUGCCAGGAACAAACGCAUGCGCCGACCGCAAUGGGGGCUGUUCAGAUUUGUGCCUGAAUAGACCCAAUGACUAUAUUUGCGCCUGCCCCUACGGCUUUGAACUUAGCCAUGACAAUAGGACCUGCGUUGAGCCUGAAGCGUUUUUGAUCCUCGCCAAGAAAGACAAAAUCUUUAGGAUCAGCAUUGAAAACUACAACAAUGAUGUGAUCAUCGCCAUCUCUGGAAUCGAAAAUGCAACUGCUCUUGAUUUUUUUCUGCGUGACUUGAAAAUAUACUGGACUGAUGUGCAGAUGAAAGCAAUUUUCAAGGCAUACAUGAAUGGAUCCAACGUGGAAAAAAUAAUAGAGUAUGGACUCGAUCAGCCUGAAGGAUUGGCUGUCGAUUGGAUCGCCCACAACAUCUAUUGGGUCGACAUGGGUAAAAAGACGAUAGAAGUUUCCAGGCUUGAUGGAUCUUCAAGAAAGGUGCUUGUUUGGGAAAAUAUCGAUGAGCCCAGGAGUCUGGCCCUCAAUCCCAGAGAUGGUUACAUGUACUGGAGCGACUGGCGAAAACCAGGUCGAAUUGAACGUACUUUCAUGGAUGGAUCAAUAAGGGAAACGAUCUUGAACAACAUUGGCCGCGCUAAUGGUCUGACAAUUGAUUUCGUCGACGAUUUACUUUUCUGGGCAGCUCUAGACACGGUUGCUAUUGAAUGUUCUGAUCUUUCGGGACAUAAUAAACGCGUGAUCAUUGACACCGAUAUGAAAACACCCUUCGGACUGACGCAGUACCGGGAUUUUGUUUACUGGACCGACUGGACCACGGGAGAUAUAUCUAGAGCAAACAAAAUAACAGGUCUCAACAGAACGAAAAUCCACGAAAAACUAGAACGCGUGACAGACAUUCACAUUUUCCACGCGUCAAGACAAGGUGAUUGGAAUCAGUGUGAAGCGAGCAAUCGCAGGUGCUCCCACCUGUGCCUUGUGCAGCCUGAGCAAGAAUACGUAGCUCCCAAAGCGCACACCGCUUAUGUUUGCAGUUGCCCCACGCACUAUACUUUGGUCAACAACACUUGUGUCCCCCCGCGCAAUUUUUUGCUGUACAGCCAGAAGAAUGUCAUUGUCAGGCUGAGCCCAAACCAGUACGAGUACCCGUUCGUGCAAAUGCCAAUUCAUUCCCUGAGGAACGUCAGAGCAUUGGAGUUUGACCCUAUCAGACAGUGGAUCUACUGGGUGGAUGGGAAAAACCCUACCAUUAAAAAAGUUUUAAGCACUGGGAAAAAUUUAACUUUCGUCAUCCCACCAGAAGAAAAAGCUUUUCCAUACGAUUUGGCUGUGGAUCCUUACUCCGGGUUCAUCUUUUGGACUUGUUCGGAAAGUAACUCGAUAAAUGUUACAAAACCAGAUGGCACCUAUGUAGGAACCGUGGUCAAGGUUGAAAAUGAAAAGCCGCGUUACUUGGCCAUCCACUCCAAAAGAGGAUUGCUAUUUUGGACUGAUCAUGGUUCAGUUCCGAGGAUAAUGCGAUCCAGACUUGACGGGCGCAAUACUUUGGAAAUUGUAACCGGGUUGAACAACCUGACCGGACUAGCUGUCGACUCAGAGGCUGAUCUCAUUUUUUAUGCCUACCAGGAAUACAUUUUUAGUGCUGAUCUUCUAGGCAGCAAUCCCUAUCAGUUGGUGUCAGGCAUCCACCAGCUAACUGGAUUAGCUGUGCUGGGAAAUUACAUCUACUAUGUCGACUCCUUCCAUCAGUACAUCAAAAGAGUUCACAAGCUACGUAAGGGUGAGCAGGAAGUCAUCGCCCGGCAAAUCUACAUGACAGACAUUGUGGCGGUGCUUACGCCUUUGCCUGAGGACCCCAACCCGUGUGUGGAUGGUGGAGGCUGCUCACACAUCUGUGUUCUUGGAGAGAACAAAAGCCCGCAAUGCUUGUGUCCCCUAGGGUUUUCCUUGGGAGAAGACAGAAGAUUAUGCGAGAACGCUGUAGAAUUCGACAAAGAGACUUUUGUUUGCCAAAACUCAGGAAAAAGUAUCAUUCCCACUGCGUGGAUAUGUGAUGGACAGGUUGACUGCGAAGACCAAAGUGAUGAGCUUAACUGUCCCGCUUGCAAGAUUGAUGAAUUCAGCUGCCAAGGUGGACGCUGCAUAAGCAAACUCAAAAGAUGUGACGGAGUACCACAUUGUCCUAAUGCAUUAGAUGAGACCGACUGCUGUCCGGAUGGUGGAUUCCGCUGUGAUUCUGCUUGCAUUGACCAUCAACAUGUGUGUGAUGGCGUGGCGAACUGUGCUGACGGGAGUGAUGAAGCAGUCCACAACUGCCCAAUGAAAAGCGCGACUAAAUCGAGCAGUACAACAGUUUACAUCCUGGGAUUAUUUUUUGGACUUAUCGCCACAGUCGCAAUAUCCAGCAUAGUAUCGUAUCUGCGCUGCCGAUGCCCCUCCAACAACUCCGCCAACGCGUCUCGCCCAGACGUCCUGGAGGCCACAAAUCCUCUAGCGCCAAAGCCCCGAGGCCAUAAAGUCCCCCAGCAACAAACCCCCUUGUCCAAACACAACCGCAAAAUGGGCGGCGUUCGUCCUGGCGAAGCAGUCCGCAUGUCCGCCCUCAGCUACGACCGGUCUCGGCUGACCGGCGCUUCCAGCUCCGGAGGGUCGAGUUCGACCCCCUCAGGUGCCGGCUACCCUCAAGAAACUCUGAACCCUCCCCCGAGUCCUGUCACGGAUCCGCGCUCUGUGUGCGUCGAGAGUCACUGCUGCUCAGCCUACUCAGGCACGAGCAGUCGGCGGCCGUACCGACACUACCGCUCCAUCAACAAACCGCCGCCGCCCACUCCAUGCAGCACGGAUGUGUGUGAUGAAAGCGACUCAUACGCGUACUCAAACUCGAAACUCGGCUCAGAGUACGAUUCGGAACCGGCACCACCCCCGCCGACCCCGCGGUCGCAUUAUUUUAGUGACAUGUCGCACCCACCUUCGCCGUGCACCGAGAGGUCGUACUUCAGCCCUCAGCCACUGCCACCCCCGCCUUCGCCGGAUCACUCUCCUUGUUGAGAGGAUGGCACAACCAAUUGGCAGCUUUGUACAAAAAAAAAAUGGUAUUUGAGAAGAGCGAUCCUCAGCCAAACUAAGUUUAUUUUUUUUCAGUAAACUAAAUUUACUCCCGCUGCGAGUCUGUUUUAUUUGAAGCGAAUUAAAUUGAACCGUAACUUGGAUAAAAAAAUAUCCAAAUAAUUCACCAGUUGGGCAAGCUGGUGUUGGAAUCCACUGUAUACUUUUGAUUUUAAUUAACUUACUCAGUGAAUUCAGACUCAAUUCUGCUGCUUUGCAUUCUGCCUCUAGAGAUAUUUCUUAAGACGUGCUGAAAUCUAAAAUUAGUCCAGUCAUUUGCUGUAGAAACACGAGAGUAGAUUUUUUAUUUCAAAAAAUAGUCAGGCUUAACCGAUUUUGGUUUACAGCGUGUCAAGAGAAAUCAUAUUAAGCGGAGAAUGCACAGUGGCUAGAUUGAGUCUGAAAUCGCAGCGGAAGUGGCUUAAAAUCGAAAGUCUAUGGUGGUCGAAAGUCUAUCUGUUGGUGGCUUUGGAAGGGCUCAAGCAACUGAUGAAUUUUUCCUCUUGUAAAGCACAACUCUGGAACGGUGAAAAGCGGUAAAUUAGUGUCUUUCCUAGGGAUGACAGCUUCCUUUUGCAGAAUGUAUCCGGUUGGCAUUAAAAUUGUAAAUGUUUCUACUGUUCGCCUUGGGAAUUUUUGAUUUAGAAUAACGCAAUGCCAAAGCCUGACUGCACCCUGUCUUGAUAAGUGGCCAAAACGACUGAAGCAAAUUUGUGCCAUGGCCUAUUCCUCUCCUAAUGUUAGUUGGUUCAUGUAGUUUUAUUUUAAAAUAAUAUUCUGUUAUCUACCUCCGCAUCCUUAGGAAAAUAAUUGUUGCGUAGUUAUAUAUAUUGAAGAAACGUCAAUAUUGUGAAUAUGUAUAUUCAAACAACGCAGGACAACGUGCCUUUCUCUUUUUCGCAAAGUUAACAGGGGUAUUUGAACACAACGCAUAUCAAAAAUGACCUACUGUGUUGAUUGAAAUGCUGCAAUUUUCAACGAGCUUCAAAAGUGAUGUGCUUAAUAUUAAAAAGUUAUUCUUAAUUUUUAAACCUCAGGUACAACUCCUUACAGAUUUGCUAAUUAUGUUGUAGUACAUUUUACGGUUAACUACGUGUUGAUGCCAGGAUUGUCAGUCCAUCUUUAAAGAGAUCUGUGCGUUUGUUAGAGGCGUCAUUUGGACCGCGCCGAAUUCUAAAUGGUCACCGAAAGUUUGGAUUUUUGAUGUAGUUGAGCUUAAAAGUUUUAAAAAGUAUAUCUGACAUUUUAAAUUUUACUUUCGAAAUCUGAUCAGUGACUGGCAGAUAUUACAGUACACGUGGAAACCGUUCAUCAAUCACUUUCUUUGUUAAUAUUCGUUGUUAGCUGCGACUGCUUAAUGAGCGUAUGUUUCUCGCACUGAUUUCAAAAGAAAUAACCUAACCUGCCUUGUAUCAAACCAUGUUUGACCCGAUGAACCGACUCACAGAAAUAACUACUGGUGGUAUUCUUGUGUGCAAAAGUGGCCAUCGAAAUAUAUGACAAUGUCUUUCCGACUAAAGAAUAUAUUGUUUUGUACCUAAACUGUUUUAUAAAAUUAGAGAAUUAAAUCAUUCUUACAUGCCUUAAAAGACAA